CGAAGCCCAGCGGAAUAUGUUAAAUAUGCCUAUUAAUCAGAGCUUGAUGGACAAUGAUAGAAAUGGUUGAAUGAGCUUCUGCAAAUACUAAAUCUAGAUAUACUUUGCAACUCCUAGCUAUGGCAUUGGCAAUACCAGCAUUAACCAUAGGCCUUGAUCCUCUCUUCAAAGUUUGCUACAAAUUACGAGUUACUGACAUUUUACAGCUUCAAAAAGCCAGAAUCAUCAGAAAUGAUAUUCCUGAAACAACAGAUUUAAUGUGUCUCAAUGGCCAUAUAAUUCAGAAAGUGGAAAUCAUGGGUAUUAUUGUCAGAGUAGAUAAAAGGGAAAGAUUCAUAUCAUAUGGAGUGGAUGAUGGUACUGGUGUUAUCUCCUGUACAGUCUGGAAAAACUCAAACAAUGAGCAAGUGAUUUCCAUGGCAUCACUGCCGAGAAGUUUACAAGAGAAGUUUGCAGCUAUUACAUCUCAUUAUCAGUCUAGUGUCCAUGAAGGCUACUCUCUUGGUGAUCUUGUUCAAAUCCAAGGCAGGGUUAGAGUUCACAGGGACAUGAACGAAAUAAGCGCGCUAGACCAUCGCAAAAUAGAAAACCCAAAUGUUGAGCUGGAACGUAUAUUAGAUUUACCAAAAUUUUAUAAACUGUACAAACAGCCUGUGAUAUUACCUACCAAGGUUGAAGAACACCUACGUAAGAUGAAUGACAAGGAGAAUCCUUUAAACGAGACUGUUCUCCAAGAUGCUAUCACCCAGUACAUCCAGCAAUACAAGUGUCAGCUGACAGAGUUUACAGUAGAUAAACUUGUGUCCUUGCCAUGCCUGACCCAACUGUUCUCAUCUAACCAAUGGUAUGAAUAA